AUGCUGCCCUGGGACUCGUCGGAAAUAGGGACAAUCGGCAGCUAUUCAAUCACAAGACACCGCAUCGGGAGGGACAUGGAUGACCUCAAUCUCAUGGCAAUAAUGGCCACUUCUCCAGCCAAUGCUUCGAAGGAGAGUAUCUCUGUCGAAAGGUAUAUUUUAUCGGGGCCCCAGACGACGGGUGUCCAGGCACAGGCCGUCGAGUUUCGCUUAACAGCGCAAGCAUGGCUUGCGUUUGUAACAUUGGCUGUGUUAACUUUGAUGGUUGCACUUGAUGGUACUUCGAUUUCCGUCGCGUUUCCUAUAAUAGCUUCCAAACUGCAUGCGACCGCUCUUGAAGCUUUCUGGAGCGGAACCUCCUUUCUUUUGUGCUCGACCGGUAUGGAACGACUUCUUACGCGGUUUGUCAGAGUACUGACUCCAGCUUGCGAAGUUUUUCAACCAACUUUUACCUCUUUUUCAAAUAUUUUUGGGCGCAAACCGAUGGUAAUCGCUGGCAUCCUUUUCUUCCUCGCUGGCGCCCUUAUUGCUGGACUUGGCAAUAGUUUUACCCUGAUGCUCCUCGGGAGAGCAGUACAGGGCGUCGGAGGCGGCGGUAUAAUCGCUUUGUGCGAGGUCGUGGUUACUGAUCUCGUACCCAUGAGACUCAGAGGACAAUACUUUGGCAUCCUAAGCACCAUGUGGAGUCUAGGAUCUGUCCUAGGUCCGAUUGUCGGCGGUGGAUUCGCUCAGAAUGUUAGUUGGAGAUGGAUUUUCUUUAUCAACUUUCCAUUUAUUGGAGUCGGCAUAGUUUUUGUGCUGAUGUUCUUGAGACUGAAUUUUGUUCCAUCCUCCUUGGUGUCUAAAUUGCGGCGGAUUGAUUAUUUAGGAACCACGCUUUUUACAGCGAGUGCUACAUCCUUUUUGGUACCUGUCACCUGGGGUGGCAUCAUGUACGCUUGGAACUCCUGGCGUACACUUGUUCCGUUAGUCCUUGGAGCACUUGGGCUCAUUGGAGCAAUGUACUACGAGGCCUACGUUCCCACAAACCCAGCUAUUCCAAUAUCAAUCUUUGCCACCAGAACCGCAGUUGUUACCUACACAGAGACAGUGCUUCACGGUCUAGUUCUAUGGUGUGGAUUGUACUUUAUGCCACUUUAUUUUGAGACUGUGAAAGAAUACACUCCAAUCUUGACUGGUGUGGCACUCUUUCCAUUGACCUUUACUGUGGCUCCCGGGGCCCUGGUGACAGGCAUUGUAUGCAGUGUGACAGGCACCUAUCGCUGGGCGAUCUGGUUGGGAUUUAUGGUGUCAGCCAUUGGGGUAGGUUUUUUAUGUAUUUUGUCUGUCCAUACCAGCAUUGCUGGAUGGAUUGUGCUGAUGUUACCUGCUGGAAUUGGAUUGGGCAUACUCUUCCCCUCAUUAGCCUUUGCUAUCCAAGCAUCGGCCACUGAGAAGAAUAUGGCCAUUGCUGUUGGAAUGUUUAGUUUCUUUCGAGCAUUUGGCCAAGCAAUUGGGGUUGCUAUUGGGGGUGCUAUUUUCCAGAAUCAAAUGUUCAGAAAUAUCCGAAAAUAUCCAGAAUUGGCUGAGCGCGCGGCGGAAUUUAGCAAGGAUGCUGCUGCUCUCGUUCAGCUCAUCCGGGAGAUGGACGAUGGUCGCAUGAAGCUUGAUCUAAAACAGGCAUACACUGACAGCCUACGUAUAGUGUGGGCAGUUUGUUGCGGGAUCAUAGGCGCUGGUGGACUGUUAAGUUUAUUGACUAAGGCUUAUGAUUUGAACCGCGGUAUUGAAUCUGAGCAAACGCUUAAAGAACGGAAACCUGCACACAUUCGAGACAACGAAGAUGCAGUUCCUUAA